ACUCUUUUCUUUGAUCUCUCUGCUUCAAAAAUAACGCUUUUUUUUUUUUUUGCCCUUGAGCUAUUCUGCUCUAUUUUUAAUUUUUGUUGCUGUUUUUUACUUGAAAAUCAUGGCUUUCUUACCUGGUUUUUGUUGGUUGAUUUAUGGUUUCCAAAUUUGAAGAAUAUUUAAAAUUUGGGCACCCUUUUGUUUUUGUUUUUCUUGGUUUGAUUCUUGGGCAGGUGGACUUUUUUGCUGUUUAUGAGUUCAGGGAAAUUAAAGUUUUGAUCUUUAACACAUUUGGUAGCUUAAAGUGAGAAUCUUUAGUUUGUAAAUAUGGGGUUUAGGUGUAUUAGUGUAGAAAAGUUUAGUUUCUUUUGGAUUUAGCGGCUGAUUAUCGGUUUUGGGAGUUCUGAUAGAGAUUAAUGAUCAAUUAGGGUUUUUGAAUAAUGUUAUCUGAGUUAGAUAGGAGACCAAUGAUAGGAAGUAGUGAAGGAUCAUUUGGGGAUGAUUUAGAGAAAGAGAUAGGAUUAUUGCUCCGUGAACAGCAUAGUAGGCAAGAUGCUGAUGAUCUUGAACGCGAGCUGAACUUGUAUAGAAGUGGCUCUGCUCCUCCUACCGUGGAGGGUUCACUGAGUGCGGUUGGCGGUUUGUUUGGGGGUGCCACCUCCUCCGCUGGUACUGGUGGUGGUUUUUCAGCCUCCGCCUUUUCAGCUUUUGCUGGAGUUAAAAAUGGAAAUGGAUUUGCAUCUGAGGAAGAACUUAGGUCUGAUCCAGCUUAUCAUUCAUACUAUUACUCGAAUGUGAAUCUCAACCCGAGGCUCCCACCUCCUUUGCUUUCAAAGGAGGAUUGGAAGUUUGCGCAGAGGUUGAAGGGAGAGGGUUUAGCUAUAGGUGGGAUUGGAGAUAGGAGGAAGUUGAAUAGGGCUGAUAAUGGUAGCAAUAGGUCGUUGUUCUCGAUGCCGCCUGGGUUUGAUACCAGGAAACAAGAGAACGAAGUAGAGGCAGAGAAAGUGCAUACCUCUGCAGACUGGGGUGGUGAUGGACUGAUUGGUUUGUCUGGUAUAGGACUUGGAAGCAAACAGAAAAGCUUUGCCGAAAUUUUUCAGGAUGAUUUGGGACACACUGCUCCAGUCGCUAGGAUACCAUCUCGUCCUGCGAGUCGUAAUGCUUUUGAUGAGAACUUUGAGAAUGUAGGUUCUGCUGAAUCUGAGCUCGCUCAUUUGCGGCGACAACUUACUUCUGCAGAUCCUUUAAGGUCAAGUGCAAGUGGUCAGGCUGUCCAUAACAUCGGGCCACCUUCUUCAUACACCUAUGCUGCUGCUGUAGGUGCUUCUAUGUCUAGGAGUACCACUCCUGAUCCCCAACUCGUAGCUAGGGCUUCUAGUCCUUGCCUGACACCAAUUGGUGGAGGGAGAGUUGGCAACUCAGAGAAAAGAAACAUAAAUAGUCCAAGCACAUUUAGUGGCAUCACAUCUGGUGUCAACGGAUCUGAUGAUCUUGUUGCUGCUUUAUCAGGCAUGAACUUGUCAUCAAAUCAUGGGAUAGAUGAAGAUAAUCAGUUAGCAUCACAGAUUGAACAAGAUGUUGAGAAUCACCAGAAUUAUCUGUUUGGUUUGCAAGAUGGUCAGGAUCAUAUCAAACAGCAGGCAUACUUGAAGAAACCAGAACCUGGCCAUUUACAUAUGCCUUCAGUUAAGAGUAAUGGAAUUAGAUCGGACCUGAAAAGCCCUUCCUUGCUUUCUGAUAGGCAAGCUGUGCUCCAGAAAUCUGCUGUUCCCUCAAACAAUUCUUACUUGAAAGGAUCACCCGCUUCCACACUUAAUGGCAGUGGCAGCUUACCUGCUCAAUAUCAGCAUGGUGAUGGUGCAAAUGCAUCAUUUCCAAACUAUGGGUUAAGUGGUUACUCUUUAAAUCCUGCUUUGGCCAAUAUGGUGCCCAGCCAACUUGGAUCUGGGAAUUUGCCACCAUUGUUUGAAAAUGUUGCUGCUGCAUCAGCUAUGGCAGUCCCUGGAAUGGACUCCAGACUGCUUGGGGGAGCUUUUGGUUCUGGACAGAACAUUUCAAAUGCUGCAUCUGAGUCCCAUAAUCUUGGUAGAGUUGGAAGCCAAAUAGCUGGAAAUGCUCUGAACGCACCUUUCAUUGAUCCUUUGUAUCUUCAGUAUUUAAGGACUUCUGAUUAUGCUGCAGCACAGCAGGCAGCUCUUAAUGACCCCACUAUGGAUAGAAAUUUCCUUGGUAAUUCAUACAUGAACUUGCUUGAGCUUCAAAAAGCUUAUCUCGGAGCUCUGCUAUCACCUCAAAAAUCCCAAUAUGUUCCAUUGGGUGCUAAAUCUAGUAGUUCAAAUCUCCAUGGCUUUUAUGGAAAUACCACCUUUGGAGCUGGCAUGGCUUAUCCUGGAAGUCCCUUAGCAAAUGCUGUUCUUCCAAAUUCUCCAGUUGGACCCGGUAGUCCUAUCAGACACACUGACCUGAACAUGCGUUUUCCAUCUGGGAUGAGGAAUCUAGCUGGGAGUGUAAUGGGACCCUGGCAUUUGGAUUCAGGAUGUAAUAUUGAUGAAAGCUUUUCCUCCUCCCUACUUGAAGAGUUUAAGGGCAAUAAGACGAAGUGUUUUGAACUUUCAGAAAUUGCUGGUCACGUUGUUGAGUUCAGUGCGGAUCAAUAUGGCAGCAGGUUUAUUCAGCAAAAACUUGAAACAGCCACAACUGAAGAGAAAACUAUGGUUUAUGAGGAAAUCAUGCCUCAAGCUCUUGCUUUGAUGACUGAUGUUUUUGGUAAUUAUGUUAUUCAAAAGUUUUUUGAACACGGACUUCCAAGUCAGAGAAGGGAACUUGCUGGCAAGCUUUUUGGUCAUGUAUUAACUCUUGGUCUGCAAAUGUAUGGAUGUCGGGUGAUCCAGAAGGCCAUAGAAGUUGUCGAUCUGGAUCAGAAGAUUAAAAUGGUUCAAGAGCUUGAUGGUAGUGUGAUGCGUUGUGUACGUGAUCAGAAUGGCAACCAUGUUAUCCAAAAAUGCAUCGAAUGUGUUCCUGAGGAAAAUAUACAAUUUAUAGUUACAACAUUUUUUGAUCAAGUUGUGACCCUUUCUGCUCAUCCAUAUGGGUGCCGAGUGAUACAGAGAAUAUUGGAGCACUGCAAGGACCCAAAAACACAGAGCAAGGUUAUGGACGAGAUUCUAGGAUCUGUUAGCAUGUUGGCCCAAGACCAGUAUGGCAAUUAUGUUGUUCAGCAUGUACUGGAGCAUGGAAAGCCUCAUGAGCGCUCAAUUAUAAUUAAGGAGUUAGCUGGAAAGAUUGUCCAGAUGAGUCAACAGAAGUUUGCCUCUAAUGUUGUUGAGAAGUGCUUAACUUUUGGCGGUCCUUCUGAACGUCAGUUAUUGGUGAAUGAAAUGCUUGGUUCUACUGAUGAGAAUGAACCUCUUCAGGCAAUGAUGAAAGAUCAGUUUGCAAAUUAUGUUGUUCAGAAAGUACUGGAGACUUGUGAUGACCAGCAACGUGAGCUGAUCCUUUCUCGAAUUAAGGUCCAUUUAAAUGCAUUGAAGAAGUACACUUACGGAAAACAUAUUGUUGCGCGUGUAGAGAAACUUGUUGCUGCUGGAGAAAGGAGAAUUGCUGCUCAAUCUCCACACCCUACUGCUUAGUUGGUGUAGGAAAUAAUGUGUUUGUACAGCUAACAGAAGCUAUUACGAGAGCUUCCCCUAUCUUAGAGCUAUGCUUCUACCUAUCUUUUUAGACAGGUAAGAUCUGUAUGGAAAUAAAAGAAGUUGUUGCUUGUACCGGAAACUGUACAUUUUGUAGCUUAAGAUUGUAUACAUAGAAUCGAGCAAACCCGAGGUUUCUGUUGUCGGACACAACAGAAUGCUACAUGCAGAGGAGAUCGAAUGAUUAUACGAGUUUUUAAGGGUGUAAAAAUUUAAAAAAUGGUGAGUUUAGUUUAUAUGAUAACCGCCACUGUACAAAAUGUUGGCUUGUGGAGAGCUGUUGAUGUUUAGGUGAGGCCACUGGUUUUUCCCCCCCUCAAUGUAUGCUUUAAUGACAUUUACUCUUUUUUUCCCUUUAAAUGCACUUUGUUUCUUGUUGCCA